AAUGCUUAAAUCCUAUUGGUGCAAAUAUACAUGCUGCAGGAAUAGCGCAGUUUCGUCGGUGGGAGGUGUGGGCAGGGUGUGGGGGUCUCCAUACCGGUAAAUAUUGCACGUUGGAAGCUCUGUUUGUCCGCAAUCGGGUAAUUUCGGACCGACUCACGUAAGGGCUGGGGAUGAAGCGCAGGGUGGUCUGGAGGGGUGGUCCUCGGUAUGACUUCAGCCAAGUACCAACAAAGAAAAAAGGUGCUUCAGGAACAUCCACAUCCACCACAUCACAGGGAGAAGGACGAUGCAGAAAUACUGACCAUGUUGCCAACAGAGACCAGGAGAUGGGUACUUUGGAACCAAAUGUGCGACCAGAUGUGGCUGACAUGCCUGACUUUGCUGUGCUCUCAAGUAUUCCGCUUGGGAACAUUACAUCGUAUGUGUCACAGCUGCGACAACACUCGGCUGUCACCAUGUGUGAUCCACAUGCAACCGUAUUUGUGCUGCCUGAUUUCCAUGAAGAUCAAUCAAAAUUGAUGGUGAACAAGUACCACUUUGUGCAGAGGUGUGCUAAAGCCAUCAACGCUACCUGCCAGUGGGUCUACUGCUGUUCUUGUUCAAAACGAGAACAGGAACUUAUGCAGUCAUUGUCCACCAGAAUUGUUGAUGGUGCAUCAGGGAUAUUAGACAAUUACUGCAUCCACAUAAAGGCAACAGAACACAUCGUGGAUGACUUUGACCGGCAAAAUGACAUCGCACCAAGCAUAGAUGAUGGUGAUCACAACUACACCAUCCCAUCCUGUUUUGCAGAGGAGACUGCACCUGCUGCUCAUCAGGCAGACGUAUUCAAGGUCUUUGGAGAUGGGAUGUACUGCAUCAAAAGUGGAAUUGAUUCCUCUCGUACAAACAGUUAUGGCAUAGUGCACUGCAGUAAGAACAUGGCAUGCCUAACAUGUGAGCAUGGAGUACAUUCUUGUAGCCAUGUCAGUGACCUGAAAAAACUUUUGGAGGAUGACAACAACUUGUGUGACAUUACACUUCAGGAAUUGAAUGACUUGAUUCAAACUGCCAACAAAGUUUCGAGUUCCGUCAGCCGUACAGUCUGCCUGUCUUCAGAAACAAUCAAUUUCAAUGUCAUACCCGGUCAGUAUACAAACUCACCUGGAUACAACCCUCAUCAGUUUUGCCAUGACAACACAAUCACAUUCACAUCUGAUGAGAAAGUCUGCCCAAACUGCACCUCAGAUCUCGAGGUUGGGGAUGAAGAUGGAGAGAUGACCCUUCCACUAUUCACCAGAAGUUUCAUGUUUUCUUCCAAAGUGUAUUACAAGACAUGCCCUACCUGCAACAGCAGUGUCCAUUUUGACGGAAAGAAAGAGGCCAUCCUCAACAUGGGAACAUUCCUGGUGUCCCAUGAAGUUCUGAGGGACUACAUGUACCAUUUUCUCCAAACUGGAAUGACGCUGUUUGGGUACCACCAAACCUUGUGCAAACACCUGAGAGAUGCGGGUUUUCUCGACUUCCACACCCGGCUGACCUAUAACAAGUUCCGUCAGGCUUGGUAUAGUUUUCUGAAGCUCUUGGACAUCAAUUAUGACAGUGGGUUUCAGUGUCCAGAGUGCGGUCCGGAACCGAAAGUUGUGAUAUGUGAUGGCACAGCUCUCAGCUUCCGCAGAGAGCUGCUGCCAUGGGAUCACAUGUCGCAGCAAGAUGUCGCAGCCAAAGGAGAGGUUCAAAACUCUGGCAGUAGUUACCAAGAAAGGGUGUUUGUCAAGACAGCACGGGGCCGUCAGCUUUUGCUGGAAUUCCUCAACGAUGGACUGACUCCACCAGCAAUGGAUGAACUGCUAAAGAAUGUCCCCCUCUCACUUGCCACCCUGCUGAAGAAGCCAAUACCAGAAUAUUUAAAACCUUUCCUCACCAUACUGGCCCAAAAAUCACCUAUCUGCGGGGUGCUGCAUCCCUCUGAGAAAUUGCAUGACUUUAUCAGUAACAUCAGCAACGGCGUGGGAGUUUCAGACUCUAUAGAGAACAUGACGUAUCUGCAGCACCAAAUCCCUGCCUUGUUUGAAGUCAUGAAACAGACAGAGGGCUGCUGUGUGCCAGAAGAUCUACGGCCACUACUACAAGACCUGCUUGUUGUGGCAGAGAGCCCAUUCGCGAGUAAGCAGCCAGUCUCCGACCACCUCUCGUCUGAAGCAGAUGGAAUGGAAGAAUUGUCAUUCUUUCCAGCGUUGCCACGUGUUCGGGACAGGGGGAAGUACCUGGCGGAUGGAAAGAAGGGUGCAAGUGGAAAAGUUUGCAGGAAGUCAUCUGGUGGCCACCCAUCCCUCCUUCCAGGACUUUUCCUGCUGCAUUGUGAACAUGGGAUCAACUAUGGAUUUGAGGUGAUGUUGAGACACGAGUCGCCAAAUACGCCAUUUACAGUCAUGCGUACAAGGUUCCAAAAUGUUCCAGACACUGUCAUCUAUGACAACAGUUGCAACCUGCACAACUACUGUCUAAACCGGGAUCCUCUACUGUUUAAGAACACUUGGUUCCUGGUAGACCGCCUUCACUGGAAGAACCACAAAGGUUGCUCAGUGGGGUACCGGCUAUCAUCAUAUCCCCAGUAUGACAGCAUCAAUUCUCAGGCAGUUGAACAGUGUAAUUCUACGCUGAAAAAGUUGAAGGGACAGUUGUCCUAUAUGACACCCACCAACUUUAUGGGCCAGGCAAAGCUGUUCCUGUGGUACAAAAACCAGACUAUAGCUGAUAAGAUAUGUUCGUAGAUUGAAUAUUGUUUGAUUAUUGUGAUUAAUCUUUUCCUUCAUUCCUUCAAAUGUGAUUUUUUUAAUCAGUUUUUUUUAAUCAGUAUCAUAUAAUUGAUUUCAGUUUUCAUGUACUUUAUGUGCCAGGUGAUACAUUGCUUUUUUCAGGGGGGGGAACUUUCUCUGUGAAUACUGAAAUUUGAAGUGCAUUAUACUGCAUAUCAUUGGAAAGCUUAUUUAGCAAACUUCACAAUGACAUUCCGUUUGUUAUGAUCAUGUAUUUAUAUGUUGAGCACCACUUAUCAGAGUAGGUGGCAUAAGAGUUCUUUUAUCAUAUGUACGCUAUUUCAAUGAUUACCAUAAUAUGUAACAUCAUUUAAAAUCAUGUAUAUUUUACUUCAAAAUUAUAUGUUAGGAUGUUAUUUAUGAUAAUGCUUUUGACAAACAAGUAAGUUGUGGGUUUACUGUUAAUAUGGUAUUUUACGUACAUGUAAGUUGUACACGCUAUUCCUUCAUUCCUUCAGAUAUGAUUUUUUUUAUCAGUAUCAUACUGAUUUCAGUUUUCAUGUACUUUAUGUGCCAGGUGAUACAUUGCUUUUUUCGGGGGGGGGUGUUUCUUUUGAAAAGCACACCUAAUGGAAGAAGUAGCAAAAUGUUGAGUGAAUGAGGUAUUGUAAAUCUGCUUUCUGUCAACAGAAUAGAUAACUUUUUGGUCGUGCUAAGGUAGAGACCAAAGUCACUGAGUUACAUCAAUUAGUAUGCCUUGUUACAUUUCCUAUGUAUUGUUGUAAUGUAUGUACAUGUACUUGGCUUAACCUUUAGUACUAUAAUGUACCUGUUUGGCAACUUGUUAUAUGAGUUACGAAGCUGGGAGACAGUUUAUCAAGACUGACUAAAGCAUUCAUCUUUACCAGUGCUGCAUAUUGCACACUCCAGAAUAUUGAGUAGCUUCACUGACAUAUCACCCUUUAAACUGAUCAGUAUUAUAUAUGACUUUUUGAUGAUUUUGGUGUCUGAUUUACAUGUUCUAACCUAAGUCGAUUCAUUUUUCGGCCACGGUCAUUUCAAUGUCCAGGCACGAAUGUCACACAGAGAGAUAGGUACACGUUUCUGACAGUCUCGGAAUCAAAGCAAUG